CGGCACCAGGAGUACCUGAAGAUGCUGAGCGAGAGGGAGCAGGCCCUCGAUGAGGCUGAUGAACUGGAGCACUUGGUGACGUCACGAACGGAGUCUGUGAAGAUCGACCACCCAAACCACAUCGUAACAGUGACCACCAUCAGUGACCUGGACCUCUCAGGGGCACGCCAGCUGGGAUUGACCACCCCUGUGGGAAAAAGGGAUGGAGCAGAAGAAGAGAAAGGGGAAGAGGUGAUGAACAAGCCUGUAAGAGCAAUGCCCAAGAAGUCCAGAAACCCCUUCCUGUCUGAAAAGAUCUCUGCUCUUACUGCCACGCUGCACAUGCACAGCCAGAAAAAGAGGAAAGGAAAGAGACCCCAGCGUGGGCAAGGCCCACGAAAGAAACCCCAGAAAUCCAGCACGGGGCGAACGACCAAGACUCAGCGCCGGAGGCUGACGGGCAAGAUGGGCCGUGACCAGGAUUAA